CGGCACUUCUGCGGAGCGGCUCCGGUCCGGGCAGUGACCUGGCAGCCUCGCGAAGAUGCCUCUUCACGGCGCGAGAGCCGCGGCUCUCCUCGCUUGGGUGAACAGCGCAAAAGUUUGUACCGACCCCCUCGAUGAUCUGUCACAGCUCCAGGACUGCAGCGUCUUCAUCAGGAUCAUCAACAAAAUGCCUGACCGUAGCUUGAUAAGUGGGGCGGCAGCGGGGCGGACACCGCGGCAGCCGGCUGAGCUGCAGGGGAGCUCCCCGCAGCACUGGGGGACGGGCUGGGGAAUCCGCGAGGAUGAGAAAAUCCUCGUGCCGGCCCCUUCCCCGGGCAAAGUCCCUGCUUUCGGUGCCUUGGGAGGAACCGAAAAGCACUGCAAGCACAAAUCGGCUGCGGAGAACCUGGUCUCGGCACAGAAACUCCUGGAGGGAGAGGAGCUGGCCUUGGCCAAGGUGGCCGUGCUGCUCCUGUAUCACACCUCCAUGAGCUGCAAGAGCCCUGGGGACUGGAAUGAGUUUGACUACAAGACCCAGGUUGAGCUGGCGUCGAUCCUCAGAUUUGUGCUGGACAACGAGGAGAGCCUGAAUGAGAAUCUGGAGACGUUUCUGCAGAGGAGAGCGCCGCUGUCCUCGUCCAGCGCGUCCAGCAGCAGCUCCGAGGAGCACUCCCCGCUGCUCUCCCUCCCGCACAAGCGAGAGGUGCGUUUCCUGGAGCUGCAGAAGAUUGCCUCCUCCUCCGGCGCCAACAACAUGCUCGCCGGCCCUCCGUCCUCGCCCAUGGGGGACGUCAUGCAGACCCCCCAGUUUCAGCUGCGACGGCUGAAGAAGCAGCUGGCUGUUGAGAGGGAGAACCGGGACGAGCUGGAGGUGGAGCUGGCAGAGAAUCGCAAGCUCAUCACGGAGAAGGAGGCUCAGAUCACCAUGAUGCAGCAGCGGAUUGACCGCUUGGCUCUGCUCAAUGAGAAGCAAGCUGCAGACCAGCUGGAGCCCAAGGAAAUGGAGGAGCUGAGGGAGAAGAACGAGAGCCUGAUGGUGCGCUUGCACGAGGCCCUCAGGCAAUGCCAGGACCUGAAGACUGAAAAAGGCCAGAUGGACCGAAAAAUCAACCAGCUCUCCGAGGAGAACGGGGAUCUUUCCUUCAAGCUGCGGGAGAUCGCCAGCCACUUGGUCCAGCUGCAGGAAGCCCUGAACGAGCUCUCGGAGGAGCACAACGCGGCCCUGGCGCAGUCGCAGGAAAAGCAGGGGCAGCUGGAGAGCGAGCUGCGUGCUGCCCUGCAGGAGAAGAAAUGCUCGGAAGAGAAGAUCGAGAUUCUCCAGGGGAAGGUUUCUCUGCUGGAGGACCAGCUGGCCAAGCUGAGGGACUGCAGCGCCCAGGAGAAGGGAGAGGUCAUGGGAGACAUCCUGAAGCUGGAGGAGCUGAAGCAGGAGGUGUCCAGCCUUGCCGCUAAAGGGGCCGAGCUCCAGGCCACUGUCCUGCGGCUGGAGGAGGAGAAGCAGCUGCGGGAGGCAGCCCUGCAGUCCGAACGCGGCCGCUUCGAGGAGGAGAAGCAGCAGCUGGGCGGCCUCGUCGCCAGCCUCCAGAGCUCCCUCUCCGAGAGCCACCAGGCCAGGGAGAGGCUGGAGCAGGACCUGCGGGCGCGGGAGGCCGGCGAGCCCCAGGGCACCCCGCUGCGGGGCCGGGAGGCCGAGGCAGAGGCAAGGUGUGAGGGGGAGGCCGGGCGGCUGGCUGCCCUCGACGCCCAGCACGAGAAGACCCUGCGGGAGAGGGACUCUGCCCUGCAGCAGCUCCAGCACCUGCGGGAGGCCAACGCGUCCCUGAGCAGCCAGCUGCAGGCCAUGGCGCAGGCCCAGGAUACCAGCCAGGCCGCCUCGGCGGAGGAGAAGGCUGAGCUGAGCCGCAAGGUCGGCGAGCUGGAAGCCAGGAUCCUCGAGCUCGGCGCCCAGCGGCAGCAGGGAGCGGCGGAGGGGCUGAAAGCCCAGCUGCGGGAGCUGGAGGGCAGGCUGAAGGAGAGCCAGCAGCGGCUGGCCGAGAGGGAGAGGCUGGCCCGGGAGAACACCCGCCUGCAGGAGUGGCUGCUCUUCCUGGAGGAAUCCCUGCGGAACACCGAGGGCAUCCUGGAGGACGAGAAGAGGCGGGCGGCCGAGAGCCUGGAGGGCAGCCUGGCCAGGAUCGCCGAGCUGGAGGCGGAGAGGCAGCAGCUGGUGCAGGGCCGGGAGCCGGCUCCGCAGGAGCGGGGCGAGCAGCCGGCCAAGCGCCGGGCCCUGCAGGAGAGCCGGGAGAAGCCGAUGGGAGCCUCCCCCGCUGCCCGAGGGGAGGAAGGAGAGCGCGGGCGGCUGGAGGAGGAGAUGCGGGCGCUGAGCCGGGAGCACAGCCGGGCCUGCCAGCAGCUGCAGGCCGAGCAGGAGAAGGCGGCCGUGCUGGAGGCCCGGGCAGAGCGCCUGGCCGCUGAGCACCAGGAGAGGCUGGCCGCCCUCCAGGCCGACCUGUCCAGCGCCCGGGCGCGGGCGAAGGAGAAGGAGGGCGAGGAGCAGAGGCUGAGGGCGGAGGUCUCCUCCCUGCGGGAGAAGAUGGCCAUCGCGGAGCAAGCCGCGGCCCAGCGCGCAGCCGGGCUGGAGGCGGAUGCCCGGAGAGCCGCCGAGGCGCUGGAGGGGGUCUCCCAGCAGCUCUCCCAGGAGAAGCUCAAAUCCAAGGAGCUGGAAGUCGCCGUGGAGCGGCUGCGGAGCGCGGAGGGCUCCCGGGCGGCCGCCGCCAGCAGGCAGCGGGAGCUGGAGGUGGAGGUGGAGGUGAAGAAGCUGUCCGGGGAGGUGACCCUGCUGGGCGCCAGGCUGGAGGAGACGCUGCGGGAGCACCGGCGAGACCUGGCGUGCCGGGAGGAGGAAGCUGAAUGCUUGCGGCAGGAGGCGGGACGGGGCAAGGCGGACUGCACUGCCGAGCGAGCCCGCAAGGCAGAGCUGGAGGCGCAGCUGCAAAACUCCCUCAACGAGCAGAGGGUGGAGCGGUCGGUGCACCGGGAGGAGCUGGCCCGGUCCCGGGAGCUGAUGGAGGAGAAGGAGGAGGAGCUGGAGGAGCUCCGCCGGAAAAACAUCUCGCGGGGCGAGGAGCUGAGGGACCUGCAGAAGACGGUCAGCAAGCUGAAAGGAGAGCUCGCCUCGGCGGAGGCGGCCAAGGAGCAGGCGCCCAAGGCGGACAAUGAGCUGCAGGGCUUCUCGGAGGCCGCUCAGAGCAGGGACGCGGAGGGGGACAGCAUCAAGGCCACCUGCUCAAAGGAGAUGUCCCGCAAAAGCUUGGAGGAGAAGACCCGUCACAGGGAGCAGGAAUCCGGCUCGAGCCAAGACCUUUACCAGGAGAAGCUGAAGGAGACCCAGGCGCUUCAUUUGCAAGUGGAGGAGCUGGAGCAAAAGUGCAGGGAGCAGCAGGAGGCUAUGGCCGCCCUCGAGCGAGCGGCGGCCGAGGCGGCGAUAGCGGAGCAAGCGGAGCUGGAGGCCUCGAGGAGGGAAACGGCCCAGCAGAAGGAGAAGGCGUCGGAGCUGCAGAAGCUGCUGGAGGCCUCGAGGUCGGCGCAGGCUCUGCACGACGGCACCGUGGAGGCCCUGCGGAAGGAGCUGCAGGAGAAGGGCAGGGAGCUGAUCCAGAGCAAAACCGCCAUCGCCGCCGCCGAGAAGGAGCUGGUGUCCCUCCGCUCCGCGGCGCAGGAGAAGGGCCGCUCGGAGGAGAGCUGGAAGGAGCAAGUGUCCCAGUGCGUCCAGGAGAUAGAGAGGAAGAACAGCCUGAUCGGCAGCCUGGAGCAUGAGGUCUCCAUCCUCCAUCGGCAGGUGACAGAGAAGGAGGGGGAGAGCAAGGAGCUGAAGCGCCUGAUCGUCGCCGAGUCGGAGAAGAGCAAGAAGCUGGAGGAGAGGCUGCGGGUGCUGCAGACGGAGAUGGCCACCGCCGCCUCCCGGGCGGCCGAGAGGUGCUCGCUGAUGAAGGUGGAGGUGCAGCGGUGCCAGGAGGAGAUGGAGAAGCAGCGGCUGGCCAUCGAGGCCCUGAAGAGGGACAUGCCAGCGCGGGAGGACGAGCUGCGCCAGGAGGUGAAGGUCUGCCAGGACAAGUGCCUCCAGAAGGAGCAGCUCCUCGCCGCCCUGCAGCAGGAGCUCGGCAGCGCCCAGGCGCUCGCCGGGGAGCUGCCGGCGCUGAAGCACCUUUGCCAGCAGCUGCAGGCCGAGCGCGCCUCCCUGGAGAGCCAGCACCGCCAGGACCUGGUGGAGCAGCUAGAGGUGCUUCAGAAAGAACAAGCUAAGCAGGUGGAGGAGCUGAAUAAAAAGCUGACCCAGCAUGAGAAGGCCACCCGAACCCAGCAGCAGAGGGUUAAGGUGCUGGAAGGGGAGCUGCAGGCAGAGGCCACCCGCCAGCAGGAGAAGGUGGCAGAGCUGCAGGUGCAGCUCGCCCAGAAGGAGCAGGCGGCCGAGCACUACAAAGGCCAGAUGGAGAAGGCAAAAACUUACUACGACGCAAAGAAGCAGCAGAACCAGGACCUGGUGGAGAAGCUGAAGGCCAUGGAGCAGCUGCAGAAGGAGAACGUGGAGCUCCGGACCGAGUCGGAGAGGUUGGCCAAGGAGCUGCAGCAGAGCGUCCUGCGGGCCAAGGAGUCGGAGCUGAGCUGCAGGAACCUCACCAGCCAGGUCCACAGCCUGGAGGCUCAGGUGGAGUUUGCCAAUCGGCAGCUACGGGAGCUCGGCAAGUUCCAGGUGACGACGGACACACUGAAGGGCCGGGAGACUUUCCACCAGAACCCCGCCGAUCUCAGUGCCGACAGCCUCGACCUCAGCCUUGACGAAGCCCAGCCGCUCAACUCCACCAGGAAGGCUGGCCGCUCGCAGUCGGAGGCCUCGGCGGUGCCGCCGGGCAGCGAAGAGUCGCUGGCGUCCCAGCGGCUGCCCCGCAAGGUGGAGUCCCUGGAGAGCCUCUACAGCCCCAGCCGCACGCGGUCCCAGCUGGAGAGCAGCGCCGGCUCCCGCUCGCUCGACUCCGGGUGCAAGACCCGCUCGGCCCGGCGCCGCACCGCCAACCGCCACACCAUGACGAAAGUGAGCGGCCCCUGGGCGUGGGGCGGGGAGGGAUCCGUGGGGCGGGGAGGGAUCCGUGGGGCAGGAUCUCCGUGCUGA